AUGGCACCUCAAGAAGAUCCUUCUGUACCUGUUGGCUUCGGGUCAAGAGACUCACAAACUGCAGGAGGUGUAUCUGAGUUUCAGGUCGUCCAGCAGUUUCAGGAUAAGGAGGAAGUCGUGCUUAGCGUGAAGACCUAUAGCAUUCGCCACGGGGUUGAGUACAAGGUAUUGGAGUCGGAUCACCACAAGUACUAUGGCAAGUGCAAGGAGUUUGGGAGCGGAGCUGAUGCUGCCACGUCGAUUAAGGUACUGCAGAAUGUCACGGAGGCACACUUCGGGUUCAGACCGACGUAUAGGAAGGUUUGGAUGUCCAAACAGAAGGCUGUGGCACAAAUUUAUGGAGACUGGGAUGAUUCGUAUAAUGAGUUGCCACAAUGGGUAUUGGGCUUGCAGAUCACUAUGUUGGGCAGUGUAGCUGUAUUAAGGACGAGUCCUAUUCGAGUAGGUGGGCAGUUGGAUGAUUCUACAGCUUAUUUCCAUCACUUGUUUUGGACAUUCCUACCAUGUGUUGAGGCAUUUCAACAUUGCAAGCCAUUGGUUAGUGUGGAUGGGACCCACCUGUACGGCAAAUACGGUGGUAUACUGCUUAUCGCGAUUGCACAGGACGACAACUUCAACAUCAUCCCUAUUGCCUUUGCACUUGUGGAAGGUGAAAAUGCGGAGUCGUGGUCAUUCUUUCUAUCCCACCUUCGGGCUCAUGUGACGCCUCAACGGGGUAUACUUGCCAUAUCAGAUAGGCACAAUGGGAUAAAGGCUGCGUUGGAGGCUCCUGAAGGGGUAUGGCUUCCCCCUAUUGCAUAUAGGGCGUUAGGAAUCCGUCACGUGGCGGCUAAUUUUGCCCUGACUUUUAAGGAGAAGGAUGCAAGGAGGCUGUUAGUGAAUACUGCAUAUGCAAAGACGGAGGUUGAGUUUCAAUACUGGUUUGACAUCCUGAGAACGUUUGAUCCUGCGAUGUGCGACUGGGCUAAUUGA